AUGUCUAUCCCAGCUGGUGUUGGGCAGGGAACUGCACUCUCUGGGAUCCAAAAACAGAUAGUGGCAUGUAAGGGGGAGGUCAUCAACAGAAACUGCUAUGAGUUCAACCCCAUGCCAAUGGCCUUCAAAGAAGCACAGGACGUCUGCAGAGCUCUCGCCCCGAAUGCUGAGCUCGCAUCUGUGACCAGUGGUGAUCUGCAUUCCCGCCUGGUCUUCCUGGUAACCAAGGGUGGUGAGAAGAACCCCGUGCUGACCUGGCUGGGAGGCACAGUCAAGAACCAGCAGGCAUCAUGGGCAGACGGGUCAGAGUGGACUUACAGCGACUGGAUGCCAGGACACCCCAACAUUCACACUGACAAACCUGUCUGUUUGGAGAUGUUCAACUUAGAUGAGGGCUGGUGGACGGCCGCUGAUUGUGAACUGAAGAGAGCGUCCAUCUGCUCGUACCCAAUCACUGCGUGA